UAACUGAUGAUUUCAUUCUUGCUAGUUCAUAUAUUCAAUAUACUGAUUUACAAGUAUCACUAGUAAAUACUUUUAAUGAUCUUGAAGUAUUCUUCUCAACUAAUGUUUUUGCUGAACUUGACUAA